CCGCCAUGUCACAACCAAGUCUGACUGAGCGUCCGUUGUUUGGCGGUGCUCUCUCUGCGCCUCUAAGACAAUCGUACCUGGAUGCAAGCCAGAUCAGACAGAUCCCGGAUAACCAGGAAGUAUUUGUGGACGCCAAUACGGAGCAAAGCUUGAUUAUAGAGCUCCUUGAUCUUGUCCCCGUAGCCAAAGAAAAAGAAAUUGCAAAGUAUCACUUCCAGCAACUGGCCGAGGAUAACGAAGCGAAAGAAGCCAUCGUCAACGAUAUCUCUCUGCUUGAAGCUACAAGCAAUCCUUCCCUACCAUCGGACUCGUCCCAAAUAUACGUCCUCAAAGGCUUGCAGAAAAUCUCAAAGUUCAAUGAACAGCAGUUGCAUCAUGUUAACAUUGUAAUGGCCAUUAUCCGUCUGGCCAAAGUGCAUACUGACGUAGCUAUUUCUGUCAAUGUCCCCGAGGGUCAAGGUCAAAUUGAGCUUGUCGAAUCGGAGAUGCUGCAGCUUGUCAAAGGCUUCAAGGUCAAUGACUGGAGCCUAUUUGGCUAAGCAUAGCCGGCCAUAUCCACUGUAUUCACACAUCCAUAUAUUUUGCAUUCAUCACUAGCUAGUUACACUAUUGUUUUUUUAAAUAAAGUCCCCACUUUAACGCUCAUUGUAAGUCUCUAACUGAAAAUAUUUGUUUCUUUUCUAUAUUGCGAUCUGGGGUAUGACUAAAAAUUCAAAUGGAAUACACAUGAGAUGGCUCAAGAGUCAAUAUGUUGUGAAACAAUGCGCUUUCGUUCGACGCGACUGACAUUGACUGAGCUGCCGGUGGGAGUACCAGCCACU